CGGGAAUUACGGUGUGACCCAAAUGGGACAAACCUGGGCUUAUUAAACUUGGAAAAAGACUCUUCCCUUUGCUUUCUCUCUCGACUACAACUGCUUCAGUGUGCCUCUUCACUGUCCCUGCUUCCGUCUGUUCGUCGGCUGUCAACCGGAGACUCGGCUCCUCUCGACACAAGGCUUCCUCUACUCCACUUGGGAGGCAGCUUCACUCCAUGCAUACUUGAAAAACUGGAAAGGGUUUGGCAAUGGGGAAGACAGUGAAAGUCUAUGGAUUCCCCUCUCGUGUUACUGCCGAAGCAGCUAAAAGUUACCUCGAAAGUCAUACGGGUGAAGGUACCAUUGAGGCCCUUAAGAUGAGGCAGGCCAAGAAUCAUCCUAGAUCAUAUGCUAUAGUUCAGUUCACAACCAUUGAAAAGGCUGAAUAUGUUGUCUCGCGAAGCAGGCAACUUUAUUUUGGUACUUCAUAUCUAAAAGUGCAAGCCAUGGAUCACGAUGUUAUACCUAGGCCGAAGACUUUUCUUCAUGUCAUUGAAGGUGCAGUGCUGCACUUUGGAUGUCAAACAUCCAGGGAGAAGUUCUCCGAUCUCUGGAGAGCAACUGAUGUUUUGAUGAAGUUUGGACAUGGGAUGAGGAAACUGCAUUUCUAUCUUUCUCAUCAUGGAACUGAUUACAAGCUUGACCUCCGGUAUGAGAACAUAUGGCAGAUUGAGCUACAUCGCCCACGAGGUCAACAUGUGAAGUAUCUUGUGUUUCAGUUGUUUGGUGCUCCUCGGAUUUUCGAGAAAGAUGUGCGCAUGUCAUUUAAUUCAUAUGAUGGUCCUCUUUGGAAUUUCUAUAAGGCUGGGUCUGAUGAUCAAUGGGUAAGAACAACUGACUUCACACAAUCUUGCCGCAUUGGUCAUGCCUCUUCGCUAUGCUUGGAGAUUCCUCAUGACUUUAGACUUCUGGAUCUGGCUGAUAGUGAUGGGAAGUUUAUUUUAGAGGAUGGCAGUCCCUUUUCACAGAAUCCGAGUCUAGUCCCGAUUGUUGGUCCUCCCCUGAAGGUUGAUUUACCUUUCGAGAUUCUGUUCAAAGUCAAUUUACUUGUUCAGAAUGGAUGCCUUCCAGGGCCUGCACUUGAUGCUGACUUCUACAAGCUGGUUGAUCCUCAAAGAGUACCAAUUGUCUGGAUACAGCUUGCCCUUGAGAAACUCUUUUACUUGAAGGAAUGCUGCUACGAACCUUCAAGGUGGCUUCAGGAGCAGUACACGAAGCAUCAUGGAUCUCAGAACCCUGCAAGAUCACCAGCAAUAUCAUUGGAUGAUGGAUUAGUAUAUACACACAGGAUUCAGAUAACUCCUUGCAAAGUCUACUUUGCCGGGCCUGAGGUUAACGUCUCAAACCGUGUGCUGCGCCACUUUCCAGAUGAUAUAGAGAACUUCAUUCGUGUUUCCUUUGUCGACGAAGAACUGGAUAAAAUUCAUUCAACAGAUGUUGCAUCACGUGGAUCUUCUGUACAGGAUGCUAAGAAGCGAGGAAUUUAUAACAGGAUUUUUUCUACUCUUCGUGAUGGUAUAGUUAUCGGUGGGAAGAAAUUCGAGUUCCUUGCUUUCUCAGCCAGCCAGCUUCGGGAGAACUCUUGCUGGAUGUUUGCUUCAAGAUACGGCCUAACCGCUGAUGAUAUAAGGAAAUGGAUGGGCGAUUUCCAUGGAAUAGGGAAGAUAUCUGCACAAUUUGCCAAGCGAGUUGCAGCAAAAUGUGGCUCUUGCAAUGGUUCUGUCCCGUCGGCAUUUCAGAUUCGAUAUGGUGGGUAUAAAGGUGUUGUAGCAGUAGAUCCAACUUCAACGAAGAAACUGUCCUUGAGAAAGAGCAUGUUUAAAUAUGCGUCCGAGAACACAAAGCUAGACGUGCUUGCUUAUAGCAAGUAUCAACCUUGUUUCAUGAACCGCCAGAAUGUCAUUCAUGCCAAUGGUCUGUGUUCAAACUUCAGGCCACAUCCAAACGAAUGCUCAGGAAGUGAUUUGGAUGGAGACAUCUACUUUGUUUGUUGGGACUCUGAACUGAUCCCUCCUGAGCAAAUCCCACCGAUGGACUAUACCCCUCAACCAACUAUGCAGCUGGAUCAUGAUGUUACCAUUGAGGAAGUUGAGGAGUAUUUCACCAAUUACAUAGUAAAUUACAGCUUAGGAAUCGUUGCGCAUGCUCACAUUGUCUUUGCUGAUAAGGAACCUCAGAAAGCCAUGAGCAAACCAUGCAUAGAGAGCUAG